ACGUCUAGAUUCAGGCUACAGGAGCAAGCUUUAUUGCAACGGCCGGCCAGUACCAUUCUCACGCCAGCCCUACCGCUGUGACGGCCGUGGGACGGAUGGCGUCCUGGAUUGUCUUGGAUCAGCGAGCCGGCCAGUACAAGUGCUGAUGACGACCCCGCCCCUGAUGCGCGCGCGCUGGCCCAAGACAAUCCUGCAUGUCCCUCCCUGUCAACAAAGGUAUCUCGAGAGUCCUCGACUAGUCUUCGCCGUUCAUCUUGUCUUGCAUCUCUUAAGUUCCGUCAGAUUAUAUACCCCUACCUAAUACUUGGCAGCCUCAUUUAAAACUCCUUUCCCCCCCUCCUUCACUCCAUCGUCCCAAAGCGUGGCUUGUCUCGGUUUCCCCUCCGCGCGAUGGCUUCGCUACAUCCGCACAACCACUUCUACUCCAACAGGCACAGCAAGCACAGCAGUCAGUCCCCAUCACCCGAAGCCGAAAAGAUGCUCAAGCACCCAGACGGCACGCCCGGCCCCGAGGCCGAUGCCAUCCCGGAUGGAUUGGAGGUCAACACGGGGGCAAAUUACAGCACGGCGCCGCAGACGUAUGAGCCGGCACAGACGCAACCGUACUAUGGCCAGCAACAGCACCAGCACCAACCUCACACACCUCAGACGAAUUACACCGAGACGACGUACGCUCACAACCAGCACUCGCCGAUGCCGGAAAAGCGCCCGGCGGAAGGAAAUGGAAGCAAAGAUGACGGGACAAUAUGCGGGUUGCGCAAGGCAACGUUUUGGCUGUUGGUUCUCUCUAGUUUGUUGUUCUGCGCCCUGGUCGGCGUGGCUGGUGGAUUGAGUGCUUUGGUGGCAAGCAAAAACAGCGAAAUCGCAAACCUCCAAUCGCCAUCCACUUCUUCCUCAACCGCCACGCCAACCUCGGCAUCCUCAGCAGUCGCCUUCGACCUAAGUAAACCCGCCGCCACGGACACGCCCAUCGCACUGAACAAGUGUCCCGGCACCAGCUCCGCGUUAACGUACGAGGUGCCCGGGACGAACCUGACCUUCAGCAAGGACUGCGGGACGGAUUACCUCUUCAACGACAUCGCGCAGGUGCCGGCCAAGAACUUUGAAGAGUGCGUGCGGUACUGCGCGGCGUUUAACCUGCAGCAGCAGUCGAGGAAGGGGCCCUGCAAGGGGGUUGUGUAUAUCUACGAGGGCGAGCAGGGGGAGGAUAGUAAUUGGUGCUGGAUGAAGUAUACUAAGAACAUGGUGCAGAAUGGGGCCAAGGAUUAUACCGAGUCUGCUUGGAUUUUAUGAGUCUUUUUGUUGUUAGUGGAAUUUCUGGAGGGGGGGAAGAGCGUGUUUGGAAAGGUUGGUUUGGAGUCAUUGGAGUGCAUCGCCAUCCAUCGUUCCAGUGGUCGGGGAAUGACAGCCAUUGAUGGCUCGUCCGGGUGGACAAGGGAGCGGGUCUCUGAGAACAGGACUCCGGAAACUGCCCGACUCGCCGGCCAGCAAU